CAACGUUGACUCAGCCAUUGUAACACAACCAAAAUGCCCGAGUCAAGCCCAACUCGGAUGAGCAAAACCGUCAUAUGCUCCAACACCUUUCUACUAUCCCUUCUUCUCCCUGUACUAGCCGCAGCUAUUCUCUACCGGCUCGACUCGUUCGACCCGGCUCCUUUCCCCACCCAUGAGUUCUCGGGUCAGCCCGUUUUCGUCCCGUUGCAAAACCCACGUUUGCUUGAAGAGGCGGAGCGGGUCGGGGUCGGGGAAUUGUUGGAACCCGAAGACCUUGCUUACGACCCGAAGUUGGGAGUUAUAUACACGGGUUGUAGUGAUGGUUGGAUCAAGCGAGUCACAGUGAACGAGUCUGCAGCGGACUCGGUUGCAGAGAACUGGGUUAACACUGGUGGCAGGCCUCUGGGACUCGUUCUGGGACGUGACAACGAAGUUAUCGUUGCUGACGCCGUUAAGGGGCUGCUGAGAGUGACCGAAGACAGCAAGCUUGAAGUGUUGACACACGAGGCUGAGGGCGCGGAAUUCAAGUUAACCAACGGUGUUGAUGUUACGAGUGAAGGAGUAGUGUAUUUUACGGAUGCAUCAAGCAAAUAUGACAUAAAAGAGACGACAUGGGACAUGUUGGAGGGCAGACCUUAUGGCAGAUUCAUGAGCUAUGAUCCCUUAACUAAGCAGACCCAAGUUUUGGUGAGAGAUCUCUACUUUGCUAAUGGAGUUGCAGUCUCACCAGAUCAACAGUUUGUAAUCUUCUGUGAAUCCCCUAUGAGGAGGUGUAAAAGGUACUACAUUCAAGGCGAAAAGAAAGGCUCUGUCGAUAUUUUCAUUGAUAAUUUGCCUGGGACUCCUGACAACAUACACUACGAUGGAGAAGGCCAAUACUGGAUUGGAUUAGCCUUGGGACUUACAGUUGCUUUUGAUCUAGCACAGAGAUACCCUUUCAUCAGAAAGGUUUUGGCAAUCAUGGAGAAACACAUAGGAACACCCGAUAUGAAGAUAAACUCUGGGGUUUUGGCCAUUGAUUUGGAAGGAAAACCACUUGCGUACUGCUAUGACCCCGCAUUGACACUGAUAACCGGUGGGAUAAAGGUCAGGGACCAUUUAUACUGCGUCUCUCUACCUAAACCUUACGUAAUCCGCCUCAAUCUGACGCAACACCCUGCUGUAUCUGGUACCGUGAUGAAGUCUUGAAUAAUGUAUCCCUAUCUUAUUUCCUCCUUAUUUAACACUUUGAAACAAUUGAUUUCGCUCCACAUUGGCCUAAGUAUUGCGUAAGGAAGUAGGGAACUACUGUCACAUAAUCGCCUAUGCUUAUAUAAGAUUAGUCCUCUAGUCUCAGAUCAGUUCUUUCAGUUCA